UUUUCCCAUCCUGUCACCGGUUGACGACCGCUGUAAUCAGCUAAUUCGAGUUAUUCCGGGCCAUUAAGUGACUCGCGGGGCUCGGCCGUGGUCACUGAAGCAGCGGGGAGGGAAACGAUAAUAUCUCUGCUGGAUGUAUAGCUUUUGUAUGCGCUCGCGCUUGCAGUCAUACAGGCAAUCUAUUUGUCUCAGUUUGAAAACAAAACAUCCUUGGAAAACUUUAUUUUUUUUCCUCGUGUGUGUGUGUGUGUGUGUGUGUGUGUGUGUGUGUGUGUGUGUGUGUGUGGCGCUACGAGCGACCCACAGGAAGUCCUCUCAAAGGCAUUUGAAUGGCACUAUAAAGCGUCGGUGGUGUGUGUGGUUUAUUUGUGUUCAGGUCUGGGUUCACAUCGGUACUUUACUACUUGUUUCAAUGCAUGAACACUUUUAUGAGUGGCAGUGGAAUACUAAUGUUCAUGUGAAUUAUGUUACUGUAGCAAUGGUGUGUGUGUAUCUGGGUUGUACUAUUACACAAAGAUUAUCUUCUCUCCAGUGCCUAAUCUGUGAAUAGAAGUAACGCGCACACACAAACAACACAUUGUGUUACAUGCAGGCGACAGGGCGUGGACUCACAAACGCCGCUCUUUUUGACUACUUGGUUGCCAGGAAACUUAGCCCGAGUCUUUGAGAGUGAGGGAUAAUAAAAGAAAAGAAUUGUGUGUGUGUGUGUGUGUGUGGGGCCUCUGCCACUGUCUGGGCUAUUAGGGGUGGGGGGCAGUUGGUUAACUCUCUCUGGGUGUGUGUCUGUGCCGCAGCCAGGGCUGUUAGCACUGAUUGCGUCUCUAAGACAAACCUCUGGACACGAAGAAUCUGCUCCGGACCAGACCCAGCUCAAGGCCCAGAUGAACCAACCGGAGGCUGAGGAUCUGUUUGAAAUGUCACACAUUUAAUAAUGGCGUUCCAGCACCUCACAGCAUGGGGACUGGGUACUGAGAGGAGGAAAUUGGUCGUCUUGGUAAGUUUGAAUUUGUUAUUAACUGAGAAACUAUAUGGACUUCAUGAUUAACAACCUGCUUGACUGAAGUGUGUCUACACACUGGAAAGGUAACGACUAACUUGACAGUGAAGUUGACUGCACCUGAAGGGGCCAUUUAGGAAGAAGGCAUCUCUGGUAAGUGGGUUUUGUUUGCCAACAGAUAAAACGGCACAAUAUUAUAUUUUUUUUAUUUGAGUUACCUUGUGGAAUUUACACAAUUGAGAGCGGUUCCGUAAAUGACAGUGCGCAGCAUUUAUAUGUUGGAUAUGUUUUACAUUCGUUCAGACAGCAGUCAUAUCUCUUCAUUUCAUAGACCUGUGUUACCUCUUAAAAGGCGAUAUGUCUUUUCCUUUGUUACAUCUGUUGCAGUCUAAUACUUGUCAGUGUAAAUUAAGAGGUGAAUAAGCUCAUAAUUAUAUCAAGAUCACACUGUAGUUAAUCAGCACUAUUUAAAAAAAAAAAAAAAAAAAAAAAAGAUGCAGCAAAGCCUUGUUUUUUUUGCUUUCAUUUGCACACCCUGUCAUCUAAAGCUCAGCUCAGCCUCAGUUUGAUGCCGCUUCCAAUGAAUUUGUCUCAUAAACGUUUAUGUCGGGCUGGAAAUGAAACGGUGUGUUUGCUAUCUUCUCCCCUCUGUAGUGUUUUUAUGAAACUUUCUCAUCAUCUCACAUUUCUCUCAUAGACCUCCAACUGGCUUUUAAUCACCACACAGGCUCAUUUAACAAAUUCUACCUUUUUUAUUCAGGCUGCUCACCUACCUAACUCCGGUAUUUUAUCACCUGACAUAACACAGACUCGACACGCUUCUGCAACCUGCCGCCUCCUCCAACCAUUCCCAAGACAUCGCACGGGGGACCUAUUCACCCACCUUUGAAAGCCACUGAACGGGCGGGGGCAUUCUGUUGAAACGUGUGGAUAGAGCCAACAAAAGAAGUCUGCUGCUGCUGUGACUCUGCCGUAUGAUUACGGUGACAGGACAACCUGCUGUGAAACAGAUAUAGAUGGUUACUAAGGGAUUACUGGAGCUGGGAACAUCGUGUUUUGUCAUGUAACACCUAGAAAUGUGGGGAAUCUAUUAUUUGACUGCGAGUCUUCAGCACGGACUGGCAUACACGCGCUUCACCUUCCUGACCUUGUGCUCGUAUGUUGGUGAAUGAUUGACAGGUCUGAGCUGUAGCCAUGGGGACGAGGAUGGAGGUGUCGCAGCUUGAGAGCAGGAUGGACACCGAGGACUACAGGAAGCUGCAGGGCCUCUUCCUGGACCCCUCGGGUUCACCUCGCUCCUUGUCCAGGACUGAAUUCGUCAAUCUGGCUUGGUCGUCAGUUGGCCGGGGCUCCGAGGAGGAAUACGGCCUCCUGUUUGACGGCGUGGUUGUCACUCAGGAGCACCGCGGCCUCCUUCUGGACAUCGACGCCGUGAAGGAAGAGGGACGUGUCGACUGGGGAGGCCUGUGCUCGUUUCUGCUACUGGAGCUUUCUGAUAAAGUGAAGAACACGAGCACCAGUCGCGUACCGCGCUGGAAGCCGCCACGCACGUUGACCUGUCCACACCGAGACCCGGUUCAAAAGCUGUUGCACCUGCAGAGUUCAGGUCAGUAUCUGACCGUGAGUAAAGGAGGAACUGUGUGUCUGCGGGACACAGACGAUAUGUCCCUCCUGCACACACAUCGACUGGAAAACAGCACGGUCUCACCCAAAGACCUCUGGGUCACCGACGUGGUGCUGCUGCACAACGUGCACAAGCAGAUAGCUGUGUCGUUCACAAGUAAGGAGGUGUGUUUUUAUGACAUUCUGUCAAAACAGGACUUUGGGUGCAAGUAUAAACUACAG